GUUUGUUUUUUCAAAUAUGUACGUUGGUUGUUCAACCGCUACAUUUUCAAAUGCACAUGUACUUACUGAAGACUUCGCACUUACUGCAUCAACAGCUUGUCUUCAUCUUCAUUAUUUCCUAGUCUCCAGUGUCACAUCAUGACUCCCUUCUUUGCGAUGUCUCUCCUCUUUAGCCUGACUUUCGGUCAAACAGCAUCACUUUGUGCUCCUUCUGAGUAUAUAAUCCACGUGGAGAAAAGGGAAUGUGCCUACUGCCUGGCCAUCAACACCACCAUCUGCGCUGGAUUUUGCAUGACUCGGGACAGCAAUGGCAAGAAGCUGCUACUCAAAAGUGCUCUGUCCCAGAAUGUGUGCACAUACAAAGAGAUGUUCUAUCAAACAGCACUGAUUCCGGGCUGUCCUCAUCACACCAUCCCUUAUUAUUCCUACCCUGUGGCUGUGAGCUGCAAGUGUGGUAAAUGUAACACUGAUUAUAGUGACUGUGUUCAUGAGAAGGUUAGGACAAACUAUUGCACUAAACCACAGAAGCUCUGUAACAUGUAAGCUUCCAACAGAACGUGGUCAAAAUGUACC